CAUUACCCCUCGAGCUAGCGUGCGAGCUUACAGGUAUAAUCAUGGCAGAGAGGGGACAGUGAAAACAAACCUUUUCCCACCGAAAGUGAUCUAAAAAUGAGCAGUUUCAACCCCGGGCCGCGGGUGGUGACCAUCUACAAGACUGACACGGGGUUUGGGUUCAACGUGCGAGGUCAGGUCAGCGAGGGAGGUCAGUGGAGGCCGAUAAAUGGCGAAUUAUACCCUCCUCUGCAGCACGUCUCAGCGGUGUUGGAAGGAGGCGCGGCUGAGCAGGCUGGGAUACGCAAGGGAGACCGAAUCCUCGAGGUGAAUGGGGUGAAUGUGGAAGGUGCUGAACACCGAUAUGUAGUAGAGCUCAUCAAACAAGGUGGAGAUGUUCUUAAGCUGACGGUGAUCUCGGUUUCUCAGAAGGAAGCAGAGAGGCUAGAGCCAAGCGAAGAGACUUCAGGGUUUUCAUAUAUAGACUAUAGUGAGAAACGAUCGCUACCCAUAUCAAUUCCUGACUACUCGUACAUAGAAACGGCAGGGGACAAGUAUGUUGUUUUCAAUAUCUACAUGGCAGGGCGUCACCUCUGUGCUCGCAGAUACAGAGAAUUUGCUGUCCUACACAAUAACCUCAAGAGGGAGUUCAUGGAUUUCAAUUUCCCAAAGCUACCUGGGAAAUGGCCAUUUUCCCUCUCUGAGCAGCAGCUCGAUGGACGGAGGCGAGGACUAGAGCUUUACCUAGAAAAAGUGUGUGCUGUGAGAGUGAUAGCAGAGUCUGAUAUAAUGCAGGAUUUCCUGAAUGAUUCAGAUGAUCAUCAGGGAAACAGCAUUCGUGUAGACCUCAAAGUAUUACUUCCUGAUAAGACUGUGGUGACAGUGACUCAGGCCAAGAAUGUAUUGGCUCACCAGGUAUAUCAAGCAGUUGUGGAGAAAAUUAAUCUCCCUCCAGAGACAGCAAAGUGCUUUGCACUUUUUGAGAUUGUAGAAUAUAACUUCGAGCGUAAAAUAAGUGAUGACGAAUUUCCCCACAACCUGUACAUUCAAAACUAUAGCACUGCAACAGCAACGUGUCUCUGUCUGCAUCGCUGGAUCUUCAACCCACAGAGAGAGAUACGCCUUUGUGCAACUGAUGACACUGCUCACACAUGGCUGUUUUGGACGGCUGUGGAAGAUGUGAAUCGAGGCCAUAUCAAACCCACAGAUCAAUUGUAUCAGUUAAAGGCAUUGCAAGAUGUUGCUCGAAAGGAGCAGUACCUCCAGGUUGUCCGUGGAUGUGAAGGUUAUGGCGAUAUAGUGUUCCCUCAUUGCCCAUGUGACUCCAGGAAGAAGGGACAUGUUGUUGCCUAUGUGGGUUACAAGUCAUUUAGGUUACAAGCUUGUAAGGAAGAUGGUACAUUACAGACGCAGGUAAUUGACUUUGCCUGGUCAACGAUUGAGAAGUUUGAAAUAGAUGAUGAAGGCAUGGCAUUCUGCUUCCUGUAUCGGCAAACUGAGGACCUUAUCAGAUGGGUGAAAAUUUUCACUCCUUAUUAUCACUUCAUGGAUGAAUGCUUCCAACGAAUCCAGGAAGAACAGCAGUGGACGUAGGUAGCUGGAAGCGGCAUUUGACUUAGGAAAUUAUCGAAACUUAAGGUGGAAUAUAUCUGAUUGUAGAUAUUGUGAAAUAAGAGUUCUGUUUUGAAGGAACAGAAGUAGAAGAAGAAAUCACUAUGAAAUUAUACUUGGGUUGUAUUUCUGCUGGUCAUUCCAUUGUGAAUUGAAGAUAUUGUGUUUAUUAUUAUCGCAGUUAGUUAUUGUUUUAAUUAUUAUUUAAUCAUCAUUAUUAAUGGUAUUAUCAAUAUUAUCAAUUAUUAUUAUUUUUUUUUCUUCUAAUUCUUAUUAUUAUCAUCAUCAUUAUUGUUAUAAUUAUAUUAUAGGAGGAACUAAUUUGAUGAUGUAUAAAUUGAAGUAUUUCAGUUACCUAAAAUAUUAAAUGUACGUAAAUACUCCCCUCCCCUCUCCCCAUGAAAAAUGAGGAAAAUAAGGAAAAAUCCAGAAAUAAAUCCGAAUACUACUUUUAACUUGACAUCAUGGAAGUACAUGUAUGUUAUGCAAGGAGACAGAAGAGAUAUAUAUUUAGAGUAACUUAACAACGCAGUCCAAAGAACCAUUGUUAGAUCUGUACACUGUAGGUUGUUAGAACCUCUCUUGAGUAUGCUAACAGAAUGGAUGUAUGACGUUACCUAUCCACUAGCUGUGUAAUAGGAAGCUGUUCCGCCAGGCACUAUACAUAAAUGUUUUUAGCUAUGUAUGAAGAUUAUCAAAUAACAUUAAUUUCUCAUGUUUUUAGGUGUUUUUAAGAUAUAUUAUUGAGUGAUAAUUUGUGCUCAAGUCUAAUAUUGUCUAUUUUCCAAUGAAAACUGGUCAAUAUGACAUGUACAAUAUCACAGAGACUUGUAAAGUGUAUCUGUGAACACUUAAGGAAAUGAAAAAAAAAGAGAGAUUCCCGAGGGAGAAAGUAUGCAUGGUGUGUAGUGUAAUUUGCCUUUGGUUCGUAAUUGAGGUAUGUAUUAAUCUUGUGUUGUUCACGUACUUGUUUCUUGUUUACGGACAUGAUACUAUUGAUACAUAUAUAUAAUUUUUGUCUUCAACAUUAUUGAUUAAUUGGUUGACAUUUUUUUUUCGUUGAGUAAAAAUUAUCACUGAUUGAUUUACAAAGAUGUAUGAUACUGUAGCUGUAUGAUUUAGUAUGUGAUAUUAAUUGUUGGUUGAUGUAGUACUUUAUUUUGACUCUGCUAAGGAGUCUUUAGAUUACGUAAAACAAUUUGAAGGUACUCAUAUGUUACAAGGAGUUAUUUCACCAAAGCAGUCUGCCAUGAAUCAUUUUGAACGCACUCCAGGAAUAGCAUAGUACUGAUAGGAUCUACCUGCAUCCUGCUUAUUAGCCUUGGGUUUACAUGGAGAAAAAGGAAGAAAUUAUUUAUUCUGUGCCCUUUCAUCCCCAUUCUAUCUAUACACAAGGCUUUGAAAAUGAACAUUGUUCCACUGUUUUGUCACUGAUUCAUGUAUUAGUGCUAGUUAAUUUUUAUAGAUAUUUUUGUUCACUGAAUGCCAGUGUAGAUGUGAUACAGAUAGCUCUAUUAGACCUUUUUAAGUUGCAUUCAUGUGUAGAAUUAUUGGUCUACAGUAUUAUAAUUAUCUAAAAUAGGGUCACCAUGUAAUACUUACCUAAACUAGGGUCAUCGUAUAUGUUGUUUAUGUUAUUAUUUUUAUUGUUAUUAUGAUUAUUAUAUUCUUUUUAUAUAAUAUUCUUAUUAUUGUUUUUGGUAGACCGUUACAUAUAGGUUGAAUCCAUCUUCAUUUCACUUUCUUUGUACUCUUAUGCUGCCUCUUCAUCUUUUGACUAAUGAUAAGUUCAAAGAGUUGUAUUUUAACUUCUUACUUAAUAUGUUUUGCAUUUCACGCAUUUUACCGAUUCCAUUCAAAAUAUUUAAUGAUGCUCUUGAAGUCACCCUUCACCCGAAAUACCCUCUUUAGUUUUGGAAGGUGCGUUGAUGAUAAGGAGGAGAGGUUAUGCUUGUAGAAUCCCCAACACUCGCUUCAAAUACCCGUUGGGAAAAGGGGAGGAGAGAGAAAUAUUCCUCGGUUAACUGGCAUUGUACAUAAUAGUUUGGAUUCCCUUCCAUUCCUUGUAUUACCGACGCACCUUUCCUUAAGGACAUUCCAUUUUAUAUAAGAACUUGUUAAUGAUUUUAAGCUAGUCUGAUGAAUAUAUAUAUAUAUAUACAUACAUAUAUAUAUAAAACUAGGUUUUAUUGUAGGUAGAUAAGCACCUGUUUAUAUUUUUAUCUUUUUAUUUUUUUAAUCGAUGAAAGAUGACAUUCAUAUCUUUUAUCCAAAGAUUUGUAGUAGGAAAAAGCAAAGGAAAGUUACAUUGAUGCCUAAGGCUUUUAUCAGAUAGAGGACAUUGACCAUCAGUGAUGGACUCCCUCCCCUAGCUCCUCCUCCUCCUCCUCCUCCUCCUCCUCCUCCUCCUCCUCCUCCUCCUCCUCCUCCUCCUCCUCCUCCUCCUCCUCCU